AUGGAAAAGACAUGCUGUCACAGUCACAACCCGACUUACUGGGCGAGCAGAAACGGCACGACGAAAUCCACAAGCGACGGCGGGACACGCACUCCGGAGAUGAUAGGUAACGGUGGGACGACCGUGAUUGAUCUCAACGACUCCCACGAUCAUCACAAAAACCACGGCAACGGGUUUCUGUUGAACGGAGCCUUGCCCAAUGGAGUCCACCCGAGUCUUGCUCAGGGGAACGGGGCCCUGCCUCACUCGGCCAUCGAGAAAAUCGCCAUCGAGAUCGCCGAGGCCCAGGCCAAUCACCCCCCGUCCCCGCCGCCCGUGUUCCAACCCGAGCCCUUCAAAACAGUCUUGGCCAUCGUCUACUGCAUGCUGGUCUCGUUCAUGUCGGCCUUCACCAUGACUUACACGCACGACCGCACGCCGGAUUUAGCGAGCAACCCGCCCCUCCCCGAUGUCGUGUUCGACUUGGUGCCCCGCAUGGAAUGGGCUUUUCUGGCCUGCGAGAUCGGCAUGAUGUUACUAAUGGCCGCAAAUGUUGUCAACAUUACGUUCCACAAACAUAGGUAA